AUGCCACCUCCACCAAAAAAAGCUCCUACAAAAGGAGCCAAGCAAAUAUUGGUGGAAAAUGAAGCUACAAUCAGCUUCUAUAGGAACAUGGCAGGAGCUUCUGGGUUAUUCUACAACUCUGUUAUGUUUGGAAUUUACCAUGAUGAAGUCCGAUCCUGGUUAAUGCCACCAAAAAAAGCUCCUACAAAAGGAGCCAAGCAAAUAUUGGUGGAAAAUGAAGCUACAAUCAGCUUCUAUAGGAACAUGGCAGGGGCUUCUGGGUUAUUCUACAACUCUGUUAUGUUUGGAAUUUACCAUGAUGAAGUCCGAUCCUGGUUAAUGUUCAUGAAUGUGUUUGUGUUGGCUAUUUACCUUGGGUGCUACCAAUUGAUGAGAUACAUAAGUCGGCCAACAUAUUCUGAACUUGGACUUCUUAUUGACCCAGGCCUGGAUCUAAACAUGGAAGGUGGAAUGGGCGAGCAUAUCAAAGACAUAGUAAUUCUAACAGCAAUAGCACACAUCACAGCAGUGAUGUCCAAUUACUUCUGGCUCCUAUUGUUUCUCAUACCUGCUCGUGCAUUUUGGCUUAUAUGGAAGAAUUUGUUAGCUCCAUGGUUGUUCCAAGAGGCACCUGAAGACACAGAGCAAGAUGAAAAGAAAAGGAAAAAAAUUGAGCGCAGGAUGAGGCGCCAUCAGUAA